CUGAUGGCAAUAAACUGGGGCAUGGGGGGAGUCCGCAAGUCCUGUCCAGACCCUUUGGGCUUCUCCAAGUGGCAUUCUUCUGGAACCAGUCUGGAAUGAAGGUCUUUGUGACGUACUUUCAGUCAAGACCCCAGAAGGACCGGGCUGUGCUAUGUGGAAGGUGAUUGUUUUGUUGGCUCUGCUGACAUUCAGCACCUGUGAUGGGCUGUUUCGCUCCUUGUACCAACGUGCCCGAGUUUCCCAGCCUCCUAGUGGAGAUACAGGACAGCCAUUAUUUCUUACCCCUUAUAUUGAAGCUGGAAAGAUCAUGGAAGGAAGAAAAUUGAGUUUGGUGAGAGCUUUUCUAGGACUGAACAUAAUUAGUUACUCUGGCUACCUCACUGUGAAUAAAACCUACAACAGCAACAUCUUCUUCUGGUUCUUCCCAGCUCAGGUACAACCAGAGAAUGCUCCGGUAGUUCUGUGGCUGCAGGGUGGGCCGGGAGGCUCAUCCAUGUUUGGACUCUUCGUGGAACAUGGACCUUAUGUCAUCACAAAUAACAUGACCGUCCAGCCCAGAAACUUCCCUUGGACCACCACCUUGUCCAUGCUUUAUAUGGAUAAUCCGGUGGGCACUGGCUUCAGUUUUACCAAUCACUCUAACGGAUAUGCUGUCGAUGAGGAUGACGUGGCCCACAAUUUGUACAGUGCCCUAGUUCAGUUUUUCCAGUUGUUUCCUGAAUAUGAACAUAAUGAUUUUUAUGCCACCGGCGAGUCUUAUGCGGGGAAGUACGUGCCCGCCAUUGCCCACUACAUCCACUCCCUCAACUCCACCAAGGAGGUCAAGAUCCACCUGAAAGGAAUUGCUCUUGGAAAUGCAUAUUCUGACCCUGAAUCAAUUAUAAGGGGCUAUGCGGCAUUCCUCUACGAAAUUGGCUUGUUGGAUGAGAGGCAGAAAAAGUACUUCCAGAAGCAGUGCAAUAAGUGUGUAAAAUACAUCAAGGAGCAGAACUGGCUGCGGGCCUUUAAAAUACUGGAUAGACUACUGGAUGGUGACUUGACGAGUGAUAUGUCUUACUUCCAGAAUGUGACCGGAUGUUCUAACUACUACAACAUUUUACAGUGCACGGAACCCGGGGACCAAAGUUACUAUGGGAAGUUUCUGUCACUCUCGGAAGUGAGACGAGCCAUCCACGUGGGAAACCAGACCUUUAGUGAUGGAACUGAUGUUGAAAAACACUUGCGAAAGGACACAAUGAAGUCGGUGAAGCCCUGGCUCACGGAGAUCAUGAAUAACUACAAGGUUCUGCUCUACAAUGGCCAACUGGACAUAAUUGUGGCAGCUUCCCUGACAGAGCGCUCCUUGAUGACUAUGGACUGGAAAGGAUCCUACAGAUACAAGAAGGCAAGCAGAAAAGUUUGGAAGAUCUUUAAAUUUGAUGAUGAAGUGGCUGGUUACGUCCGGCAAGUAGACAACUUCCAUCAGGUAAUUGUUCGAGGUGGAGGACACAUUUUACCUUUGGAUCAACCUCUGAGAUCUUUCGACAUGAUCAAUCGAUUCAUCUUUGGAAGAGGAUGGGAUCCUUAUGAUUGACAGACAACUAAUUUCUGAAACC